AAAAAUUGUGGUAAAAGUAAUAACAAUGGUAAAAAAAUACUUUUUUAUAAUUUGAGACGCUGGAUAUAAUUUUGGCAGUUGAUCAAAAUUUAGAAAAUUAUGACUAAAAACAAUUCAAUCAAUAAAUUAGAUCGUAAUUAUGACCAAACAAAUGCAAUAUUACUUUCAAAUCAAAGAAAACGACGAUCAAAAAGCCAAGUAACCUCAAAUAAAACUCAAGACGCAUCAAUAAAAAACGGUAUUACGCCACGGAUUUCGACAAGACGAAAAAAAUUGUGUGAACCAUCAAAAUUGCCCGCUUCGACCGGCAAUCCACAAACUGUCAUAAACUUAUCAUCCACGGAAACAACAACUGACUCUACAAGUACUAUUUGUAAGGAAAAAUUUCUCGACAAAUUGGAUUUACACGUUAAGCCCAAGGUCAAAAUUUCAAAAUUUUUCACUUGUGAAUUUUGCGACGAGGACUUUUUAACUCGAAAUUAUUUAAAUUUGCACGUACUUCGGGCGCAUAAAGACAUAAUAACCUGCAAACAAAUAUCAAAAGUACGUAGCAAUUUAAAUAAAACAAAAUCAACAUUACGCGAAGUUCAUCGUUAUGUUUCUUUAAGUCAGCGUUACGAAACAAAAAAUACCCAACUGAGCAAAUUCAACACCCGAUUCGUCUCAAAAGUUUCAGAGGAACGCAAGCGACGUAGGAAGUUGUUCCGAAAACAAAUUCAAGUUAAUAAAUCCCAAAAUAAAUCAACUGAAUCAAGUACAAAAAUGUCUGAAGUUGAAGAUAAAAGUAACCUGCAAGUGCCGACGUCUACUGUUGAGAUUGAUGAGUCUUCAAAGGACAAUACAGCUGACAGUCCAAUGUCAACAUCAGAUAUCAACGAGUAUAAAUCCGAAAGUAAGCGUUUGAUUAAUAAAUUCAAGGAAUUUGUACGAUCAAAUGGUGACGUAAUUAGUUUAUCUACUACAAAACAAAAAAAUGAUUCUAAUGAAAUUCUAUCUCUGCUAUCUGAUGAUAGUCAGACUUCUAAAUCGCCCGAUAGAGAGUCUAGACAGCGUAAAGUCGGCGAUAAUUCAAUAGGAUUAAAAUCUCCGGACAAUGUUUCAAAAUCACCAACAGCGACUCGUCCUAGACCUGAGAAACCCAAAACGUACAACAGAAAAAAGAGUCCGAAGGCUAAUAAAAAAAAUACAAAGGAUCAUGGGUAUUGCGAUUCGUGUACCAGGUCAUUUGCCAAACUGGAUACCCAUUACCAAAGUGACAUUUAUGGAACUAGGAAGAUAAAAUGCGAAUUUUGCAGUAAUAAAUUUGUGUCUGUCAAUGGAUUGUUUCGGCAUGUUGCGCUUUAUCAUUUGAACUGUACUUGUAUAAGAAAUAAAUGUCGUUGGUACGAUCCAUUUACUGCUGACAUUAACCAACUUAGCUCAGCUGCUGUGAAUAAAAAUUAUCACUGUAAUUAUUGCUCCAAGGACUACGAUGACUACAAAAAGUACUAUUUUCACUACCACAGUUUCCAUGAACUCGAGCCGGUUUCAGAUGAACUGGUUGAAAAGACGCCAAAGUAUCUGAUGGAUAUAGACAAUACUGUUAUAAUUAAAUCCUGGGUACCCAGUGCUUGCAAGACUAAUUUCUUUGGUAAAAAAUUAAACAGCGGUGAGUGUGAUGAAGAUUAUGAUAACGACACUGGAGAUUUCUCGCCGCUAGUUUGUCAAAAAUGCGGGGAAUUUUAUUUUAACAACAAGGAGUAUAUGAUUCACUUGGACAAUUGCUAUUAUCAGCUUGACUUGGCACCAGUUACGCCAUUUACUGAGUACCCUAAAGAGUCUAGAGCAGUUGAAGAGCUCAGAGAGUCUAGUCUUAAACCAGAAUCAAAUCAAGAUCGAGGAGUUGACGUCACAGUGAAGCCCAAUAUUAAAUUGCAAUUCUUCCCUCAAGAUAUUAAAGCUAAACCAAGGAAUCCCAGGAAAUUAGACGCUAAUUAUGAAUUAUUACGCAGAACUUGUCGUCGGUGUAAUAAAGCUUUCGCUACUGUCAAAGAGCUUAGUAUACAUUACCAAGAUACUCAUGGAAAUAGUGCGAAUAAUAAUAAUAAUGCUAAUAAUAAAAAUAACAAUAAUAAUAACGCUGGUGCAAAAGCAAAGGGUACCGAAAAAGAUAAUCCAGACAGUUAUAUUACAAAAACUAAAAAAGACUACGACGAUGAAAAUAAUAUUACUUAUUACAAUUAUAAAAAUACACCGUGGUAUGGACACAAUGUUCGUCAUAAAUGGCAAUGUGUUCAUUGUAAAUUAUCAUUCAAAAUAUUCCGCGCUUUCAGCAAUCAUUUAUUCUUUGAACACAAUGAUGAAUCGUUGAUACACAUUUGUGAAAAUUGCCAUGAAAUUUUGACUAAUUUGGACCAAAUUAAUAAACAUUUGUGUGUGAAUGUUACUUCCUGGACUUGUAAAUUGUGUGACUUGAAAUUCGAAUCAGGAUUUGAGUUCCGGAAUCACAAUACCCAAAAGCAUUAUGAACUUUUUGAGCCAAGUGUCUGCUUGGCUUGUGGUAAAAAAUUUUUGACUCAUUAUAUGUUAAUGAGACAUAUGAAAAAUAAGAAAUGCUCAUCAGAGAAAGCGAUCGAUGAACUAAUCAAUACAUACACCAAAAAAAGCAAGAAAAAUGAUUCUUCUGCUCCUCAAAAGACUCCGGCUGAAAAGAAGAAAGAAAACAAGGAAGAUGCUGAUGAUGAUUGUAUCAUUAUUCUCGAUGAGACUGGUGAUAAAGUAGAAUCAAGUGAGAUUGAGAAAAAUGUUGAAGGUGUGGCUGAUGGAGUUUUUGAAUUAGUUGAUUGCUCUGGGGACAAUUUUGUAUCCGAAUUGGAGUCAGAUGUAGAUUCGAGAAAGACUGAUGUACUUGCUACGGCUAAUGUAGCGGAAGAAAAGACAGAUGUGGUUAUUGAUAACAUAGAAGAGACAAAGAAACAAGUACCAGAUACUGAACGUGAAUCUGUGAAAGAAUCAAUGGAAGAAACUACGAAUGACGAAGAUACUGUUGCUGAAGAAGAAGGUUUUGAUGACGCGUCCAUGGAUGAUGACUCUCCAAUAGAAGACACUAAUGAUGAGGAUUCGGAUGAUGGAUCUGAAGAUGAUGACGAUGAGGAUGAUGAAGACUUGGAUGACGAAGAUCUCGAUGACGAAGAGCUUGAUGACGAGGAAUUCGAUGAUGAUGAAUCAGUAGAUGCCUUAGACAGUGAUGAUUUGAAGAAAAGUGAAGAUAAUUAUAAUGAGUUGGUUAAAAUUAAUGAUGAUUGCACCAAAAUUGUUGAUUUGAAUGAAGACACCUAUGAUGAAUUGGAAGGAAUAAAAAAUUACGUAUUAGAGAAUAAUAAAAACUUGCCGGAUUCAGCGAGUAGUAAACGGAAGAUAACUGAUGAAUCUCUGACAACUAAGAGGAAAAAAUUAUUAGAUAUUCACGAUACUUUUGUUGCUCAAGCUGAUCAGUUGAAUGAUCAGGGAAAAAUAAAAAUCAAGGAAAAUGUAAAUAGAUCCGCUGAAACAUCACGUAAAUCUCCGGGUCAAGUCAAUCGUUGUAGCAUGUGUAAAUUACAAUUUCCAUCGAUGACCUUGUUGAGCAACCAUUUCAACCGGAGUCAUACCUCUGCUGUUGAAAUAUGCCAGCUUUGUUACAAAAUGUACAUCACGGGUAAUCUAGUGAAGCACAUGGUUAAAGAUCAUUUCAGAUCGGACACUGACCUGGCUGAUGCACUAGUAAUUACGAAGGACGAAAUAAGUAUCGAAAGAGAUACUAGAGACUUUAUCAGCAUAGUUGGGAAGGUUCAUUUACUAGCGCUCUGUAAGUAUCAAGAACCACCGCAAGCCAGCAGUGAAGAGUCGGUUGAUUGCUCAGACUGUUCGCUGACGUUUGAAAAUUCUGACAAAUAUCGGAUACACAAUGUCGAGGUUCACGAUAAAUUCUGCGCGCUUUGUAUCGUAAAGUUUCGCAAUGGUCAAGAAGCGGCUAAACACAAGUUGGAUGUCCACGGCUCGACGGCCUGCUACGUCUGGUUCGCGAGUAAGAUGAUAAAUGCCAUUGGUGAUACUGAUACUUUCAAAGAAGCUGUUGGGUUGAAGGCUAAAAAACGUAAACCCAAAAAUUCUGAUGAAGGUAAUAGUCACAAAAAUGAGAAUAGGAGUGUAAGUAAUAGUAGGAAUGUUAAUAUGAAUAUGCGUAGUAAUAUUAAUAUUGACGAUAAAGUUAAUGUCAAUAUGAUUAAUAAUAUGAGUGUAACGCAAGAGAGAAUGACACUCAAGGAUAAAAUUUUGGAUAUUUUACGGAAAUCCCAGCCCACGUUGGACCGACUCAAUUCACAGAUUCAGACAACUCGUACCCAACCGGAUGACAAGCAGAUCAACAAACCUCAAGCUGUUCGCCAGUAUGGAAAAGGAAGCAAUUUAGAAGAGGCGUUAAACAAUGAUUUAAAUGUAGACAAGCCCCAGAUGAUGAUUAAAACUCCAGUGAGAACUGAUAAAUCAACAAAAUUAAAUAUAACUCCACCGAAAAUCGACUCUUAUCAAUCACCGGCGUUUAAUCAAGUUGCAAUAAAAAAUAAAAAAGUUGAAUCAUCUACUGCAAGUCAAGGAUAUGAAGCCAGUGAUAACGAAUCGAUAAUUAUAACUUGUGGUUUUUUGAAAAAAGAUGAUGGUCAGGAUGGUAGUUAUGAUAGUAAUGAAGAUGAAAAACAGUUUCUUAUAGUGGUUAAAAGAAACGAUCUUAAAAAAUAUAGAAAUAAUUUACAUGAGUUAGCAGCACAGUUUGUCGCAUCUACGAACAUGUCUACGGAAGAAAUGGUUCGCUUAUUAAAAGCAGAAUUGGACAAUAUAUAAAAUGUAUAUUAUUGAAGUAUUUUUAAAGACAAUGUCUAACAAUGUUUAAUUGUUACUUUUUUAAGUGAUGAUAAUCUUUUUUAUGUUUAAAUGAAUUUUUCUUCACGACACUUAUUCAAUCUAUCUCAUUAUUUUAAUGACACAUUAAAUGUUUUGUGUCGAUAGAGUUUGAAUAAAAAUUAUUUCGAAAAGAUUUAUUUUACUUUUAUAAAUAACGUAAAUGAUUAUAUUUUUAAGUAGUUGUAAUUAUUGGAAAAUUUGAUAAUUACUGUUGUAAGAGUCUGUAUAAGAGAGAAAUGUUUGGCAAAAAUAUUUGUUCACUCACCAUCGGAACAUGUAGAUUAUUUGAUACUUUCUGAAACAAAAAUAAAAAUUAAUUUUUAUAUUAA